AUGACGAUCGGAGAUCUCCUGGCCCAGAUCACUGGCGGCAAACCGACUGACAGCUCGACGACUCCGUCCCCUGCGCCGCGAUCCAACCCUUCACUGGCAAAGCGGAAGCCCGAGGAUGACUUGCGGAAAGAUGUCUCCAAGACGCUGCGCCAUGUCUCGCCUCCCUCAAAGGUAAUCCAGCCAGAGCGCAAAACCGGCGAGAAGGCCCAGUUUGCGCACCGACCAGCAUCCGGCAACAACGCUGUCAAGCCUAGCCCGAUGCCUUCUCGAAAGGCUUUCGGUGACGCCCAAAUAUCAUCAAGGCCUGCGGUGAGCGGCCGACUGCCUUCUACCUCGGCCAGGCCAUCAGUCGCGCCGAAGUCGACACCCAAGAAGGGAUCAUUUGCCGAAAUUCUAGCACGGGGACAGCGAGCGCAGGCUGUAAUGGGUCAAGUUGGCAAGAUUCAACAUAAGAAAGUCGAAAAGGGAAGCAGGUCGAUGGACGCCACCAAGACUGCCGCAGGAACCAAGAAGUCGUCUGCACAAACCUCUGGCAGUGCGGCAAGGGGACCUUCGGGAGCAAGAAAGCCGGCUGUGGGUGGUGGAGUCAACAACGGCGGAUCGGCAAGAAAGGCAGCCUCCAAACAACCGACGAGUCCAGCAAAACCUGCAACAGCCAAGCGUCAUGGCGCGGAAGAAGCGACCGUCAAGAAGGUAAAAAAGGCAGCGCUUGUCGACACGGGCUAUUCUGGCACGGCGCGGCCAACGCCCGAUAACGCGGCCAGAAAGAAGGAUGUACCUCGUGGUGGUGCCCUUCUGAAGGCGCCUCCCACACGUUCGAGUUCCAAGCGGCCACGCUACGAGGACGACUUUGACGAGGAGCUGGACGAUUUCAUCGAGUACGACGAUGAGGAGGAGGACGCGCCUCCCCGUUACCGUUACGACUCGGAGGGAUCCUCGGAUAUGGAGGCUGGCUUGGACGAGUUGGACGUUGAAGAGCACCGCGCCGAGCUGCUCGCUCGCAAGGAAGAUAUAGAACAGGAGCGCAUCGAGAGGAAUCUCAAGGCGGCCAAGGAGGAGCGGAAGAUGCAGGCUCUCGCGGCCCUGCGCGAAAAGCGCCGCUAA